GCCUGCGGUAGGCGGCGGGAGCCAUGAUGGCGGCGGGGAUUCUGUGGCGGGCAGUGCGGGGUUCGCCGGCGGGGUCUCUCCGCUUUCUCCCUCCCAGGGGGCUGCACCUCUCGGCCCCGCGGGAGACGGUCAUCGUGGAGCGCUGGUGGAAAGUCCCGCUGGGGAAGAAAGACAGGGAGCCCCGGAUCAAACACCCCCGUUUCCGCGUCUACCGCCUGGUGGAGGACCUCAAGCACCGCCCCAAGGAGCCCCUCGAACUCAUCCUCACCGAACCCGUGGAAGACGUUGGGAACCGCGGCGAAACCAUCUUCAUCCACCGAUCUUUCGGCCGCAAUCAUCUCCUGCUCCACAAUCGGGCCGUUUACGCCUCUCCCGAAAACAAGAAGUUUUUCGAAGAGGAAAACCGAUUACGUGAAGAGGGGAAGCUGCCGAGGUUACAAACCCACAGCGGUAUGAAGACUGUCCGGUUCCUGAAGAAUUGCACCCUGGAGAUCGGCGUGAAUGAGUGCGAGCAGUGGGAGCUGACGAAAGAAAUCGUCUGCCGGCAUUUCCUCCGAAAUUUGGGGGUUGUCGUGCCCCCCCAGGCGCUGACUCUCCCCGAAGAACCCAUCACCAGCCUGGGUAGCUACUGGUGCGAAGUUACGGUCAACAGCCUCGACACCGUCCGCGUCCCCCUCUCGGUACAGCCGUUUGCCGAGCCAAAAACCAACAGCCAGCGGCUUCGGCUGGCCCAGAAGGAACCAGAAGGAGCCGGCAGAGAAGCGGGACGACCUUGAGGCGCGUCCACAGAAGGAGGGACUUUUCUCCGCGGCGCUAAAACCGGAGCUUAGGAUAUAUAUUUUUUUUCUAGACAAAAACUCCUUUUUUGGGGGGGGGGGGAUUUCCUUCAGCUGGACACGGUGGGUGAAGCCAGCCGCUUUUUCAUGCCUCUUAAACCUCAGGGGCAUGGGGGGGGGCGAGGGGGGGAUUCUCUGAUCAGGCCAGAAACGGCCCGCGAACGCAGGCACCAGUGAAUAAAGCCUCCACUUCUUAACCGUU